GGCCGGCGGCCGCUCCCCUCGCUCAUCCCCGGUAAAUUACUGGGUCCGCCGGCGGCCGCGGUAUAAAGCCGCCCGCACACUGGCGCCCCGUCCCUGCCGCGGACGCCCCACCAUGAGGCCAGCGCUGGUGCUCCUGCUUCUGGCUGUGCUGUGCGCCGGCGCGGCCCGGGCCCUGCACUGCCACGUGUGCUGCGGCCACGCCAACUGUGAGUCCCUGGUGGAGUGUGCCCAGACCGACAAGUUCUGUGUGAUCACACGGGCCACCAACCCCGGCGGCAUCCUGGUGAUGAAGUCGUGCGCCCCGACCUGCCCCAACAGCACCCUGCUGUCCGCGGACGGCCGCGCCCUCUCCGUGUUCUGCUGCGAGGGCAGCCAGUGCAACCGCAACGGCGCCGGGGGCCGGGCGGGCGGCCUGCGGGCGGGCGCCUGGGGCGGCCUGCUGUGGGCGCUGCUCUGGGCCGCCCGGUGAGCCCA